AUGCAAAAAGAACAUCGGUUAGAUGGGAUCAAGUGUUCGCGAUCUAACAAUCAGUUUGAGGAUGACCAAUUAUUACAAACGUACGAAGUGGUAAAUGAUUGUAUAGUUGAAAAACAAUGUGGUAUUUCUGAACUUCAAAAGUUGACUUGUUGCGUAUCAGCAGAUUUGGGAUGUUGCAAACAAUUACCAGAAGAUGAAUCACAUCAAAAAUGUAUUAUUGAAAGUCACCGUUAUACUGCGAUGAGACACUUAGAUAACGAUUUAGAUACAGAAGUGGCUCUUAAAUCUACCGCUGUAUCAUCGACAGAUAUCAGAGAUUUGUGUGAAGAACACAACAGAUUAUAUGAAACUCUAACAAAUCUCACAGAUGGAAUGGAGACGCUCAUCUGCGAUAAGACAUGGUUGACUACAGAACUAUUUAAUUUAAAAUCUUUAGUUGAUUUUUAUCAUCAAGAACAGGUAAAAUUAAAGCAAUCGGAACAAGAGCAAGAUGCAAUAAUCAGUGGAAUACAAUUGAAUCAACAAAUAUUACAACAAAAUUUAAUAGAUUUAACUCAAAAUGUGGAAAAUAUGCAAUCAACUUCAUAUGAUGGUACAUUUAUUUGGAAAAUUAAGAACGUUGCACAUGUGAUGAUGUCUGCACAAUCAGAACAACAACCGAGUAUCUAUUCGCCACCAUUCUAUUCAUCUCAAACAGGUUAUAAAAUGUGUAUCCGUGCAUAUCUAAAUGGAGAUGGUAACGCUCGUAGAACACAUCUAUCACUUUUCUUUAUUUUAAUGCGCGGUGAAUACGAUGCCAUUCUAACGUGGCCAUUUCAUUUCAAAGUUACUUUCUGUAUGUUUGAUCAAUCUGGACAACAACGUCAUAUUAUAGAUUCCUUUCGUCCUGAUAUCAAAUCAAACUCAUUUCAAAUACCCAAAACACAAAUGAACAUUGCCUCUGGCAUCCCAAAAUUCUUUCCGUUGUCGAUGUUGCAACAGGAUGGAAAUAACUACGUUAAAGACGACACACUCUUCAUUAAAUGCACUGUAGAUUUCAACUUUCUACCGAAAAUGCUGUUGCCAUACUUUUUAAGCUUAAACCCUGGACUGCCAACUAAUGUUAAAAACAAAAUGAUCAAAACUGAAACUGAACGACGACAGGAAUAUCAGCAGCAGGCAUCUACACACACAUGA